UCCCUGGCUCCACCGCGGACGACGCGGUAGGCUCGCGCAAGGCAGCCAAGCCUCGCCUCUAGAUGCUCAAGAGGCUUAACUCGAAAUACAGAUCCAAGGGUCACAGUUGGCACCUUUCCAGGCUGCAUCUGAAGGUUCUGACACGGGCCUAAGGGCGUGCUACUCAGCUUUUUAGAGGGCCAGGCGGCUGCAGAAAAACCCAGGGUCAAGGAUCUGAGGCCAACCGGUGGAAAGCCAGAAUUAGCCGGAGACUGAAGCAGGAGGCAGAUCCCAGGGGACAAAGAUGGGCAGCCCAGUGGGAUCCACCAAGGCAACCCCGAGCUGCACUAACCAGCCCUGGCCGGUUGUUCAAACUUUCCUGCUGCGGGGAGGCGGAGGAGCUGGGCUGGUCAGCGUCUUCUCCCCCGAGCCUCUGCUCUUCUCCACCUGCCAACUCAGCCUCCGCCCAGCCUCCCCUGCCUCGGUUUCCUCCCCCUCCCGCGCGCUCCUCUGUGCACUUAAACUCCUCAUCUCUUUCCUCUCCCCUCCUCCUUCUCCCUCUUGCAUCUCUUCCCCACUUUUCUCUGGUCUCUUCUUUUGUAUUCUCUCCUCCCUUGCCGCCUUGGCCGCCUCUCUCCUCCUCGGGGCCGCAGGGGAGGAGGUGAGCGCGCUGCUGCGUCCAGGGCCUGGGCAGCGUAGAAGGAGGCGUUUCUCGUACUUCUCUCGGGUAAUUUGUAGAGAUUCUAUGUGAGUGCGCGCGCGUGAGCUUGAGGGGAAAGGGGUAGGAUCUAGCGUUGAGCAGAGGGUCAGGGUCUUUGACGAUCCUCUCCGGUUGCGCAAAGCUCUUGGAGCAAGUGUGAGUGUGGGUUGAGUGUGUGCGCGCGCACACACGGGCUGGCUGCUCUUGGCACGCUUGGUGGCCCGGGGCCCCGGGGCCCGGGGUCCCGUCUGACAUUCCGAGAUUACCGUGACGUCAUAUUGAGCCUCUGGCCACCUUGGACCGGGACACCUCCGGAGCCUCACAGCCCCGAGCCGCGCCGCUCCUGGCCACCGCGCGCGUCUCCCGGAACCCGCGCCUUCUUCCUUCCCUUCCCAUCCAUGGGCCCUUCUGUCUUCUGGACCCCACGGGCCGGAGGGGCGCCUUCCGGAGAGCAGGGCUCGGCAGCUGGGCUGCCCUCAGCUCUGCCUCCCGUUGCACCAAGUGUGCAGAGCAACCGGCGGUGGGCUCCAGCAGCGGUGUAAGGAAGGAAACGCCUCUUGGCUUGGCUGGGGUGGUCCAGCCGCGGGGCUAAGAAAGGAACUCGUAAGGGAACGAGGACACAGGCCAAGAACAGCCACUAUGUCCUUCUCGCACUUCGGACACCCAUACAGCGGCGCUUCCCAGUUUCUGGUGUCUGCAAGUUCCAGCACUACUUGCUGUGACUCUGCCCCACAUUCAGUCUCCGAUGUGGCCUCAGGCUCCACCCCGGCGUCCACUCUUUGCUGCGCACCUUAUGACAGUCGACUACUGGGCAGUGCGAGGCCUGAGCUGGGAGCAGCCUUGGGCAUCUAUGGAGCCCCCUACACAGCUGCAGCAGCUGCCCAGAGCUACACUGGCUAUCUGCCCUAUGGACCAGAGCCAACAGCACUGUAUGGAGCACUGAAUCCACAGUACGAAUUUAAGGAAGCUACAGGGAGUCUGACACCCAGCCUGGCCCAACCAGGAGCCUAUUAUUCCUAUGAGCCAACUCUGGGGCAGUACCAGUAUGACCGGUAUGGUGGGGUAGAAUUCAGCAGUGCAGGACGCAGGAAGAAUGCCACCCGGGAGACUACCAGCACCCUCAAGGCCUGGCUCAACGAGCACCGCAAGAACCCCUACCCCACCAAGGGGGAGAAGAUCAUGCUGGCCAUCAUCACCAAGAUGACCCUCACCCAGGUGUCCACCUGGUUUGCCAAUGCACGGAGGCGCCUCAAGAAGGAGAACAAGAUGACAUGGGCACCCAAGAACAAAGGCGGGGAGGAGAGGAAGGUGGAAGGCAGAGUGGAGGAGUCACUGGGCUGCCUAAAUGGUGACUCCAAAGAUGUUCCUGCUAACCAGGAAGCCCAGGGACUCAGACUGAGUGACCUGGAAGACUUGGACGAUGAGGAGGAAGAGGAGGAAGCUGAGGAAGAGGACGCUGCAGUCACAGCUUCAGACAGGCUGUCGGAGUUCCCUAAGGGCGCACAGUCGCUGCCUGUGCGGUGCACCGCAGCUCGAGAAAGCCGCUUGGAGAGCGGAGUGUGCAGUCUGGUAGCUCCCCGUUUUUCCUUGAAUGAGCCCCAGGGGUCAGGAGAAGCUGACUUCAUUGCGCCAGAGCCCGGGAGACCCACGAUGAUCUUGCACUACCCUUGUCGGGAGAAGCCACGUAUCUGGUCUUUGGCGCACACUGCGGCAGCCAGCUGUGUGGAAGCCGCUCCCUCUGCCCCGCCCAAGCCUCGCAGUCCUGAGUGCCCUCUGAUUUCCGCACAGCUUCCAGGCUCCACCACACGACCUCUGGUCCCCAGAGGCUCCGCGUGCGAGGAAGAGUCUUCUAGUGAAGCCAAAGUCUUUGGAAACUCCAUGUUCUCCCUGCAGGGGCUGCCGCUGAACUGUACGCCCUGCCCGAGGCGGAGAGAGCCUUCAGUACAGUGCCCAUACCCACCCGGAGCAGAAGCAGGUUAGCGCAAUGGCUUCAAUUUACAGAAGAAUCUUGGAAAUGGGCCCCUUUUGGAACUCACCUCCACAGUAACAAGCUGCAAGACCUUGAUAGGGACCAGGAAUUCACAUUUCACCUAAGAGACAGACACACAGAAACCCUCCUAGCGAUGUCUUUGCAUGCAGAGCUGGGGGAGGUGGGCAGAUUUGUCCCUAAUCUCCGCAGAGCAGGUGACUAGCAUCUUGAGGAAGACCUAGAAGGAGACCUGGGCCAGUCUGCUCACUUCAAAGACUCUACCAAAUCUCCUUUUCCCCUCCAGAUCGCCUUCCUCUCUUGCCCACUCCUGCCUUUUUCCUGGCUUCCUUCACGUUGUUAACUUCAUUGUUCUCCUGGUCCCCAAGGACCACCUGCAUCUUCUCCCCAGCCUUUGUGUCCUUAAAAAUAAUCAAGCCUAACCCAA